AUGUCGCGCGCUCAAAAUGGAUGUCGGGGCGGUGGUCGUGGAACCAAGGAACCACUCCUCAUUGACGCGGUCAUUGGCAAAGUGGUGAAACGCAACCGUCGGAACUUCUCCGCCGCCUGGAUAGACUACAGAAAGGCAUUCGACUCGGUGCCCCAUACAUGGCUAAAGAGAGUCCUCGAGCUGUACAAGAUAGACUGUACAGUUAGAGACUUCCUUGAGCAGUGUAUGGGGCAGUGGAGUACGAUCCUUUGUCAUCUGGGCGAGCGGAUGAUGGCUGCGGAGAACCACAUAAGGAUAAGAAGGGGUAUCUUCCAGGGCGAUUGUCUGAGUCCAAUCUGGUUCUGCCUCUCUCUGAACCCUCUCAGUACCUUACUGGAGGGCUUCGGGAGGGGAUUUUAG